UGUGGUGUUGAACACAAUCACACAAACACUCAUUGACUGCACUAUCAGUCGGUCAGUGGUUUGCCAUCACAUCACACGACCCGUCAUAACAUGCGGUCAAACACUCAACACAUGACCAAUGGCUGCAAUGGGAGGGCCACGAGUGGGGCCCCAGAGGUGGGCGUCCACCACCACAAACACGAGUACGAGUGCCAGGGGGUGACCAACGGACACGUGCGCCACUCAUCGCCACCACCAGCACCGGUGACCCCGAACGGACAGUCGUGUGUGGGGCGCCGACACGUGCACGUGAACGAGGAGGUGCCCUUCCAUAUCAUCCUGAUCUGCUACCUGUCGUAUGUGGUGCUCAUACUCUUCGGGUAUAUGCGAGACCUCAUGAGGAAGACGGGACUCGAGAGGAACACAAAUGCCGUGGAAAGGGAUCGCGAGGGCUAUGUCCAGCUCUACCAGUCCUUCGAGAGCUUCUACACCCGCAACAUCUACCGGCGCAUUAGGGACGCCUGGAACAUGCCGAUCGCCAGUGUGCCCGGUGCUCGCAUCACCAUCAUUGACAGGCUCACCCCCGACUACAACAACACGUUCAGUUAUCCCGGAACCAAAACGGAAGCCAUAAAUAUGGGUUCAUAUAAUUAUCUGGGUUUCGCCGAGAAUACCGGCCCUAUCAUUGAGAAUGUGAACAAUACGAUCGACCAGUACAUCGUCGGUGUGGGCACAACACGACACGAGUUAGGCACCACUGAAGCCAUCAGUCAACUCGAGACUCUAACGGCCCGUUACUUAGGCGUCGAGUCCAGUGUUGUGUUUGGUAUGGGUUUCGGUACAAACGCCACAAACAUUCACACGAUUGUCGGUAAGGGGUGUCUUGUGCUGAGCGAUGAGCUAAAUCACGCCUCCCUUAUACUGGGCUGUCGUCUAUCGCGUGCCACCGUUCGCACCUUCCGUCACAACGAUAUGAGAGAUUUGGAGCGAAAACUGCGCGAACAGCUAGUGUUAGGUCAGCCCCGGACGCACCGGGAGUGGAAGAAAGUGAUUAUAAUCGUCGAAGGGAUCUACUCGAUGGAGGGCUCGAUCAUCGAUCUGCCGGAACUGAUCCGCAUUAAGAAGAAGUACAAGUGUUACGUGUAUUUAGACGAAGCGCAUAGUAUCGGUGCCAUCGGCCCCCACGGGAGGGGUGUUUGCGAUUACUAUGGGUGCGAUCCCAACGACAUCGACAUACUUAUGGGUACAUUCACUAAGAGUUUCGGUGCGGCCGGCGGUUAUUUGGCCGGUAAGAAGUCGCUCAUAGACCACAUCCGUGUCCACUCGUAUGGCGACGCCUAUGCCUGUGCGAUGGCUCCCUUAGUGGCCACACAGAUCUCCAGUGUUAUGACUACACUGAUGGGCGAAGACGGCACUAAUCAGGGUCAGCAACGAAUCAAACAAUUGGCUCGAAAUACAAGGUAUUUCCGACGAAAACUGAAUCAAUUAGGGUUUAUACUAUACGGUAACGACGACUCGCCUGUCGUUCCCCUUAUGCUCUACUUUUUGCCUAAAAUACCUGCUGUAAUACGGAUGGCCUACAAGGAGGGGAUCGGGUUCAUAGGGGCCGGCUUUCCAGCGACAUCUCUGACGACCGGUAGAGUCCGGUUCUGCAUCUCCGCCUCCCAUACUCGGGAAAUGCUCGACAAAUCCAUUGAGUUUAUGGAUGAAAUCGGAGACAAACUUGAAAUAAAAUAUUCGGCGCGACGUCGAAGUAAAAGUGAAAUUAUUUAUUAAGAAAGUGGUGUUGAAUUGCAACGAAAAAAUCAUACAUUGUUUGUAAUAUUGAUAUAAAUUGUUAUUUUAAUUAGGAUUUUAAAUACAAUUAUAUAUAUAUGGUAUCACAGUAGUAUGCAUUGAUUUCACUGCAUAUUAAUCAACAAAUUUGAUGC